AUGGAAAGCCAUACCAAGCCUCCCGCUGCAGCCCCUGGUGCCUGGGUUGAGCCGCAGAAGAUCGACUACUCGGCCUUCAAUGGCGAUGGAAGUACGAAGACCGAGGACUUUGAUGGAUCUGCGCCGAUCUAUCAGUGGAACGAUGAGUUCGGGGAUGUAGGACCGAAAUACGAAGCGUUGGAGCUCGAGCUUUUCGGUGACCCUCAGUCUCGUCAUGAUCGUGCCGGAUUAGAUUUUUCCAAGAUCGAGAAAAUCAGCGUCGAACAGGAAGGGCCUGUCAGGAUUCAGCCCAUCAGGACUUUCAAGGAUGCCGCACUUCAUCCUGUCAUGGCAGAGAAUAUUGCCUUGAUGGGAUAUGAUGCUCCCACGCCUAUCCAAAAAUACACCAUUCCAUCAAUGCUCCAGGGUCACGAUGUAAUCGGCAUUGCGCAGACAGGAUCCGGCAAGACAGCUGCAUUUUUGAUCCCCAUUCUGAGCAGACUCAUGGGCAAGGCCAAAAAGCUGGCCGCUCCUCGCCCUAACCCAGCCACAUACCGUGAAGGCGUUGAUGCCGUCACCGCUGAACCAUUGGUCUUGGUGGUCGUGCCAACUCGGGAGCUAGCUGUGCAGAUAUUCAAUGAAGCUCGAAAGUUCUGCUAUCGCUCUAUGCUUCGUCCAUGCGUCGUGUAUGGCGGUCUACCUAUGAGUCAGCAAAUUGGUUUGCUGAGCAAGGGAUGCGACGUUCUCGUUGGGACCCCCGGGCGGUUGGUGGACUUCGUAUCUCGUCCGCACAUUUUGACCCUUCGCCGCCUCAAACACAUGGUCAUCGACGAAGCAGAUGAAAUGCUCGAUUCUGAUUGGAAUGACGACCUCGGCCAGAUCCUCACAGGCGGAGAACAGGACGAGGGCAAUGUCAAGUACGGUCUCUUCUCAGCCACGUUCCCCAAGGCUGCUCGAGAACUUGCCAAGGAAUACUUGUCGGCGGCUCACGUCCGAUUCCGAGUUGGCAGAGCUGGCAGCACCACGGAGAAUAUCAAGCAGGUGAUACUUGCCACAGAGCGAGAUGAGAAGCGAGAUACUCUUCUCCGUCUUCUCAAUCAAAUGACUGGUGUGAGAACCAUUAUUUUCGCCAAUAGUCGCAGAGAAGUCGACAACUUGGACGAUUUCUUGUACAACAUGGGCCUGCCGGUCACUUCCAUGCACUCCGAACGAACUCAAAAAGAACGUGAAGCCGCGCUACGCUCUUUCCGCGCUGGCCAGGCUCCAAUUCUUAUUGCUACUGGGGUCACUGCUCGGGGCAUUGAUGUUCGUAACGUCAUGCAUGUUAUCAACUACGACCUCCCCAACAUCGAACAUGGUGGAAUUGAAGAGUAUACUCACCGAAUUGGUCGAACUGGGCGUAUUGGGCACCGAGGGUUGGCGACAUCCUUCUUUGACCCCGUCGACGAUGAGUCCUUGGGGAGCGUUCUCACUAGGACCCUCCUAGAAACAAAGCAGGAGAUCCCUGAGUUUUUAAGGAUCUUUGUUCCAGAGGGAGAUGCAGCCAUUAAUCUUCGUUUUGAAACGGAGUCUGACUACGACCCUGAAGAGGCCCCUGGCCAAGGGCAGGCAGGUGAUGUUUCGGGCAAUGACUCUUGGGGAGCAGGGCAAACAGAGAAUAUAAAUGGUAGUGGUCCUGGAUGGGGUAAUCCUCAGUCUAACGGUGCGACUUCUUCGGCUCCUGUCAACAACGGCUGGGGAGGUGAGGCUGCCGCAAUCGCUCCGGCCUCGACAAACAAGGGCUGGGGAGGUGAGACUGUCGAAGCUGCUAUUCCUACCAACAACGGUUGGGGAGCUGAUAGUUCAGCCGUGGAAGCUGGUUGGUAA